AUGCGCGGCGUCGUAACAGUAAAUCUCAGUCGUGCGCCCGCGCCCGCUUCAACGAACUCGAACACUCACAAUCUGCAUAGCAUACAAAUGCAGAUUGUAGAUAGAGAUAGAGAUAGAGAUAGGGAUAGAGAUAGAGAUAGAGAUAGAGAUAGAGAUAGAGAUAGAGAUAGAGAUAGAGAUAGAGAUAGAGAUAGAGAUAGAGAUAGAGAUAGAGAUAGAGAUAGAGAUAGAGAUAGAGAUGGAGAUGGAGAUGGAGAUGGAGAUGGAGAUGGAGAUGGAGAUGGAGAUGGAGAUGGAGAUGGAGAUGGAGAUGGAGAUGGAGAUGGAGAUAGAGAUAGAGAUAGAGAUAGAGAUAGAGAUAGAGAUAGAGAUAGAGAUAGAGAUAGAGAUAGAGAUAGAGAUAGAGAUAGAGAUAGAGAUAGAGAUAGAGAUAGAGAUAGAGAUAGAGAUAGAGAUAGAGAUAGAGAUAGAGAUAGAGAUAGAGAUAGAGAUAGAGAUAGAGAUAGAGAUAGAGAUAGAGAUAGAGAUAGAGAUAGAGAUAGAGAUAGAGAUAGAGAUAGAGAUAGAGAUAGAGAUAGAGAUAGAGAUAGAGAUAGAGAUAGAGAUAGAGAUAGAGAUAGAGAUAGAGAUAGAGAUAGAGAUACGCACAGCCAUACUAGUACUUUACCUUUGGUCAUGCAAAGUGUUUAA